AUCUGUCAGGUGCAUUUCAAAUAUUGCAAACAUUCCGUCUAUUUAUACAGGAAAAUCAGAAAUAAAAGUCUUCUCCAGGUCUGCGGGCUUUUACCUGCACGUCACCUGAGCCGGUGAACCAUGGAUAGCGCAGGGAGAAAAGUGGUCGUCUGUGACAAUGGUACCGGGUUUGUCAAGUGUGGUUUUGCCGGCUCCAAUUUCCCGGAGCACAUAUUCCCAGCACUCGUAGGCCGUCCAGUCAUCCGCUCUAACACUAAAGUUGGGAACAUUGUGAUUAAGGACCUGAUGGUGGGGGAUGAGGCAAGUGAAUGCCGUUCCAUGUUGGAGGUCUCCUACCCCAUGGAGAAUGGGAUUGUGCGGAACUGGGAGGACAUGCUCCACCUGUGGGACCACACCUUCGGACCUGAGCGCCUGAACAUCAGCCCACCUGAGUGCAAGGUUCUGCUGACUGAGCCACCCCUCAACCCCAUGAAGAACCGGCAGAAGAUUGCAGAGGUCAUGUUCGAGACCUACAAGUUCCACAGCAUCUAUAUUGCCAUCCAAGCUGUGCUGACCCUCUAUGCUCAGGGUCUCCUGACAGGUGUGGUGGUGGACUCAGGUGAUGGGGUGACACAUAUCUGCCCAGUUUAUGAGGGCUUCUCACUCCCUCAUCUCACACGCCGACUGGACAUCGCAGGACGUGACAUCACACGCUACCUCAUCAAGCUGCUGCUGCUGAGGGGCUACGCCUUCAAUCACUCUGCCGACUUUGAGACUGUGCGCAUGCUGAAGGAGAAACUGUGCUUCGUGGGUUACAACAUUGAACAGGAACAGAAACUGGCCAAUGAGACCACUUUCCUGGUGGAGUCCUACACGCUCCCGGAUGGGCGCACGGUGCUGGUUGGUGGGGAGAGGUUCGGAGCCCCAGAGGCACUCUUCCAGCCACACCUCAUCAACGUCGAGGGUGUUGGGGUGGCUGAGCUGCUCUUCAACACCAUCCAGGCGGCCGACAUUGAUCUCAGGGCAGAUUUCUACAAGCAUAUCGUACUGUCUGGGGGGACCACCAUGUACCCUGGACUGCCCUCCCGCCUGGAGAGGGAGAUGAAGCAGCUGUAUCUGGAACGAGUGCUGCAUGGAGACACAGACAAGCUCUCGAAGUUUAAGAUCCGCAUCGAGGACCCCCCUCGCCGGAAGCACAUGGUUUUCAUGGGCGGAGCCGUGCUUGCCAACAUCAUGAAAGACAAAGAAUCGUUCUGGGUGACACGGGCAGAAUAUGAAGAAAAAGGCCUGAAGGUGCUCGACAAGCUUGGUGGAGGAGCGAGAUGAAACCCAAACACAAGCGUAAACACAGUUGAAAGACAGACAGAUGGGAAUACAGAGAAAACAGAUCAUAUACAGAGAAAAAUAAACAGAGAGAUAAACUGAUAAGUAUUUUGCUCAAGGUUAAGUAAACCCAGAAUUUUUCUGUAGAGUGGGACUUUCAUCAGCGGUCAUUUGUUCAACUUUGUCAUCACACAGACUUAGUUUACAGUGAAGUCUGUUAAAUCCUGCAUAAAUGUCUCAUUGUUUCAAGAACAACAAGUCAAAUGAAUGCUGGACUCACCAAAUCAUUAAA